AAUGCCUUCUCGCCCCAGAAGUUGUUCUUCCAGAUCGUCUUGUUGCAGUCCUUGUACUACAUCAUAGCGACAGUCCUCUUUUUCUUCACUGCCUCAGUCUCAGGCUACGAGUUUUCCUUCUCCUGGGUCUUUUCCUGGGAGAUCAUCAGCUUUGUCAACACCUUGGGCUUGACGUUGUCCUGUUUGUGGUUGUUGGAUACCUUGCUCUGUGUUCUCAUGAUCACCUUGAUCGUCGGCAGAUCCAAGCUUGCCUGGGACUUUGCUUUGACCUUACAUUUGAUCAACUUGAUUGUUGUGUGGCUCUAUUCCUCCUCCUUUCCCAACACCUUUUCCUGGUGGUUUUUGCAGUUUGUCAAUUGUCUUAUAUUGGUCUUCCUAGGCACAAUGACCUCCAGAUGGAGGGAGUUGAAAGACAGCUUUUUCGAUGGCAUGGUUGAU